UUUGACCCUCUGUUCAUCUAGAAGCGGAAGCUGUCCCAACCACUCCGCAGCUGACGAUGGUCUUCUCUUCAAUAAGGCGGCGAUUCCUUCAUCGUGUCGCCGACUGGAAAUCGUCCAAUAUUCUUUGCUACAUCCUCGAUCAAUCCUUGAUUGCCCUAGAAGCUGUCGGGAAAUGACGGAGAUCGAGCUCGUCGUCGACCCUAAACCCCAACAGAACGGCGACACGGGUCGGAACCCUAACGGAAGCCCCGGCGCUCCGAUCGCCAACCCCAUCGUCGACGUCUGCUCCGCCUCCGCCUAUGGCGACCUGGAGAAACUCCGGGGCUUCGUGGAGAGGGACGGGCAGUCGGUUUCCAACCCGGACGGACAUGGCUAUUACGCCCUACAGUGGGCUGCCCUCAAUAACUUUCCUGAUGUCGCGCAGUACCUGAUCGAGCAUGGUGGAGAUGUGAAUGCCGCUGACCACAGGAGGCAGACUGCUCUGCAUUGGGCUGCGGUACAUGGGUCGAUUCCUGUGGCAGAUGUGUUGGUUCAGAGUGGAGCUCGGGUUGAGGCUGCCGACAUUAAUGGGUACCGGGCAGUUCAUGUUGCAGCACAGUAUGGACAAACAUCAUUCUUAAAUCAUAUUAUUGUGAAGUGUGGUGCAGACUAUGACGCACCAGAUAAUGAUGGAAGGAGCCCACUUCAUUGGGCUGCUUAUAAGGGAUAUGCUGAUACCAUCAGGCUACUUCUCUUCAGGGAUGCAUACCAAGGGAGGCAAGAUGAAAAAGGUUGCACACCUUUGCAUUGGGCUGCAUUAAGUGGCAAUGUGGAGGCAUGCACUGUGCUUGUGCAUGCCGGCAAUAAGAGUGAACUGCAGGUGAAGGAUAAAAGUGGGUUUACUCCUGCUGAGCUUGCAGCUAACAGAGGCCAUCGGCAUGUGGCUUAUGUUCUUUCCAAUGCAGCAAAGAUUAAUGGCGGUUUGUGUGAAGACAAAAUUUGUGCUGGAACGAUUGGGACGACUGGAUAUGCUCCUAUUCUUCUGUUUGUCAUUAUUAUUCUAACCGUUCUAUUCAUCAAUUCUGUUCUUCUAGGACCUAGUUUUCCGAAGGUCACUGCAGUUGUUGGGCUCUGGGGUUGGACUGGUGUUUCUUUUGCAGUUGUUUCACUGAUAAUGUUUUAUAGAUGCAGCAGCAAGGAUCCAGGUUAUAUCAAACCAAAUUCAGGGAAGUCUGCAACUCGUACAAGUGAUCCUCUGCUGGACAUUGAUAUCAGCAACUCAUCCAUUUGGAAAGGCAAUUGGUCUCAACUCUGUGCUACAUGCAAGAUAAUUCGACCUGUACGAUCUAAACACUGUCCAUAUUGCAAGCACUGUGUGGAGCAAUUUGACCAUCAUUGUCCCUGGAUAUCUAAUUGUGUCGGGAAGAAAAAUAGAUGGGACUUUUUUGUUUUUGUUUGUAUGGGAACAUUAACAGCAUUUAUUGGUGCUGUCACUGCAGUUCACAGGUUGUGGACAUGGUCACCUAUAAUUCCGUCGUCCGAGAAAUGGAUUCAUCUUGUAGUGGUGGAACAUCCUGGUGCUAUACUAUUUUUGGGCAUGGAUGCUAUUUUACUAUCAGGAGUUUUGACUUUGGCAGUGGUACAGGCAUCGCAGAUAGCACGAAAUAUUACCACGAAUGAGAUGGCAAAUGCUGCUCGUUACUCGUACCUUCGAGGACCAGAUGGACGGUUCCGCAAUCCUUACAAUCAUGGUUGUCGUAAGAACUGCACGGAUUUCUUUAUUCAUGGAUACAUUAAUGAUGAUGAAGUAGCUUGGCCCUCACUCCAAGAAGCUCAAAUUGCUUAGAGGCUGGGCUUGCUUGACGAGCAGACGGCACAUAUAUGACUGGUGUGCGAGUCUGUACUCUGUACGAUAGGUUCCAUGGAAAGUCUAGCAAUGAAUUAAACAGAUCCAGUGUUUCUUGUAAUAGGGGAGAAGAAGCUCAUCGCAACCCAUUCUCAGUGGACAUUGUUGAUGUUAUUGAAUGUGCAAAUGUAAAUUAACAAAAGAUAGUCUUGCUGGCUUUAUGUAUUAUUGGUAAAGCAACAUUAAAAUUGUAUGGUUUAUUGAGUGUCAACGUAAGGAUGCAGCUAUUUCUGUGCC